AUGUGCUGCCCAGAUGUGUUUCCCACCUCCACCUUCCUCCUACGACUCAUGUGCUUGACAGCUUUCAGCAACUUUGCCAGGACUUCUGCAGACUUCUCAGGUUACAUAUCACAGGUACUAAAGAAUUACACUGACCAUGCCUGUGAUGGAGAAUAUGUGUCCCUGAGAUGUCCCCACAGAACCACCAUCAGCAUCCAAUCUUCUUUUUAUGGCCGAAUUGUACCAAGUCAUCAGCUGUGUCCUUCUCGCUAUCCCCACUCCUAUGCGACUUUAAUUAAAGAAGAUGUUGCCUGUUCAGUUGGCACUUCUCUUCAGAAGAUGCUGGAUGAGUGCCAGGACAGGCGGAGCUGCCAGUUCCUUGUCAACAGCCGGCUGUUCGGGAUGGAUCCAUGCCCUGGGACCAGCAAGUACCUCCUCGUGUGGUACAAGUGCAGGCCAAAUGAAUACAAGAGUAAAGUAGCCUGUGAAGAUGACAAGCUGAGGCUGACCUGUAAGAAGAGCAUGGUGAUAGCCAUUUACUCUGCCGUCUUUGGGAGGACACAAGGAGGCAGCCUGGAGUGCCCAUACCAAAACCUAGGGAUGCCCAUGAUUGAGUGUCAGUCAGCUACUGCUCUUCAGCUCAUGAUCAAGCGCUGUCAUGGGAAAAGAAGCUGCAGCAUAUAUGCCAGCACCUAUGAAUUUGGAGAUCCUUGUUACCCAGGCAUCCAAAAGCAUCUUAAUGUCAUCUACACCUGUGUUCCCAAGAAGCUUCUGCAUGAAACUCAGGCAAGACCAACCAACCAACAAGGGUAUCAGAAGCCACAUUUUCCGCUGCACCCAAGAGUGUUUGACCCCAAUGUUGUAGGAGACGGCGUGUUCCUUUCGGAUGUCUCUCCUUCCAACAUAGAACGAGCUGUCCCAGCAGAGAAGAAGAAAGGGAGGUCAGCCACUUUCUACCCUGUGGACAACACCCCUCUCCUGCUCCCUGUGGAUGAGACACAACCGCCGGCGCUCAGUAGCAGCAGCAUGGAGCCCGUGGGUGUUGGCACAGAGAUGGCCCUGCUCAGCAACAUCCUGGCAGCCUAUGCCUUCAUCACAGAAAACCCCGAGCGGGCCGCCCUGUAUUUCGUGUCCGGAGUGUGCAUCGGACUCGUGCUGACCCUGCUGGCGCUGGUGCUGAGGGUGUCCUGCCGGACGGACUGCAAGCGCUCCUCCUCCAAGAAACCUCCUCGGGAGCGGGAGAGCGACAGCGACAGCAGCGACAGCGACGACGACUCGGACACCACGUCGGACCUGUCUGCCCGCAGGCACCGCAGGUUCGAGAGGACUUUGAACACGAACGUGUUCACGUCGGCGGAGGAGCUGGAGCGAGCGCAGCGGCUGGAGGAGCGGGAGCGCAUCAUCCGCGAGAUCUGGAUGAACGGGCAGCCCGACAUCCCGGGCACCAGGAGCCUCAACCGCUACUACUGA